AUGAAAAGAAAGUUUAAGAUUGAAGAUGUUGAUGAAUAUCAAACAAAGAGUAGUUUAGGUCAAUUAUAUAAAACUGAUUUAAUACAAAUAUGUCAAGUGUUAAAGAUCGAUACGAUCAAUACAAAGGAAACUAAAUCAUACAUCAUAGAUCAAAUACUUUAUCAUUAUAAUAAUAAUAAUAAUAAUAAUAAUCAAAUAGAUAGUGAUAGUGAUGAUAAAGAACAACAACAACAACAAGAUAACAAGAGAAUUUAUACAGAAGAAGAGUUAUUGAGUCGUAGUAAACAAAGAGUCGUUGGUAUAUGUAAAGAUUUAAAGAUAGAGUAUAGAGAGAGUGAUACAAAAAAGACAUUGAUUCAAUAUAUAAUGGUAUAUCAAAAGACAGAGGUUACACCAUCAUCAUUGAGUGGUGGAUACUCGCUACCUUGGUCAAUCAUUUCGAGAAUUCUUACACAGGCUUGGAAUGAUGCAAAGUAUUGUACUUGUAUCUAUCCUCAAGAGUUUCUGGAUUUACAAAAGGAUUUGAAUUGUAAGCUAUUUUCAUCAAACGAGACCUAUUCAUUCAAAUUUCUGGGUAUACAAUUCAACUCUAAAAUCGGGCAAUUUACAGAUCAAGUCAAAUCCAACAACCAACACUGCCCACAACAUGCAAUGUACUAUAGAGAUGAUUCAUUGAAUCAUCCGUGGCCUCAUUUCAACCUCGACCAUGAACAAUUGGACCCUAUUCAAAUACAAUGGAAGCAGUCGAUGUUGACCAUCUCCAAAAAGAUAUUCCAUCAUCUCUCGACCACUGUCUCUCGUACUUUUAGUAUUCCAUCAAAUCAUAAAAAGAUGCCAAGAGCAGCAUUUGAAAAAUCAGUUUGGAAUCAUAUCAACAACCAGUACAAUGGAAUCAAAGUUGCAAAUAGAAUCUAUAUUCCACCAUCCAAUCAAGUGUAUCUUGAUGCACCACCUUGGUUUACAAAGUCGAUUGAACAUGUUACCAUUGAUGAAUUACACAAAACCAGUAUCAAUCUCAUUAAACUUUCCAAACUAGUCAAUCUCAGAUCCCUUGUAUUCAUGGCAGCCCAAAACCCUGAAUUUGACACACUAAAGAAUCUCACCUCUAUCACCAUUGACACUCAUUUCCAUACCAAAGCGGUUGAUGUAUUGAUACAAUCAUUGGAUCGUCCAAUGACCAAGUUACUCUUUUCUCAUCCAUCAGUCAUUUUAAAAGCAAAAGAUAUUGUACUAGAAUCAUUACAAGUUAUCAGAUUGGAUACCAAAACUUACAUUGAAUUAUUUCAAAACAACAACACUUGUCAAGAUCAAAAGUCACCAUCAAGUAAACUACCCAAUCUAAGACAUGUACAUGUCAGAUUGGACAUAUCAAACAUAGAAAUUGUAGACUUUAUUUUACCAGAUAGAGUAACGACAGUGACAGCUACAACAACAUAUUCAAAUUGCAAUGAAGAAAUUUGUCGUAGAUUUUUAGAGAAUAAUCCACAUAUUACAAAUUUAAGAUUGACAUACAACCAAGCUAAUUUUACAACACUUGGAACCAUUAGUACCCAACUCAAACAAUCAAAACUAUCAAGAAUCAUGGUUUAUUCUAAAAGAAGUUUGACAAAUAUUCAACACCAACAACUCAUUCAAUCAAACGUAUACUUUAAUUCAUCAAAGGAUAUGAGUAUUGGACAAGAGUUUAAAAAAUAUAUAUUCUAUAGAAAUGAUCAACAUAAUAAUCAAAUCAUUAAUAAUAAUAUAAAUAGAAAUAUUGAUAAUAAUAAUGAUAAAAACAAUAAUAUAUUACCAACACUACCAAACAUUAUUAUUUACAAAAUCAUCAAAUUAUUAUGGAAUAGUAUGAAUAUAUGUAAUUGUGAUAUUUCGAUUAUGAGUUGGUAUUCUAAUCAGACAGUUUCUAAUCGAGACAUUCUUCUUUUAAAAUCAAAUCAAGAUUUUGAAACAAUCCAAUCAAAUUGCCCAUAUCAUUGCUGGGUAAAUAGAUCUAGUAUAUAUCUAUCACUUUCACUUGUGAGACACCAUCAAAAGAGUAUCUACAGGGUGAGACUAUCAGCAUUGUCAACUAUUUCAAAAUCAACCCGAUCAUUUGUAUUUAAAAGGUUAUUUACAAAGUUUGGUCCAAUCCAAUCCCACCAUCAAUUAUUUUAUUCCAAAAACGAACAAUUAUUUAAAACUACUAAAAGAAUAUCUUGUACUGAAAGAACACCUCUCCAUCUGGAACGACUACAACAAGCCAAGAGUAUCCAACUGGCAGUCAUACCAACCAUCAACAAUCAAUUCCCAUACAACAACCUUAGAAAACUUAAUCUUGCUGAUUUACUAUAUCGUGACAUAAACAACCAACUGUCACAAUUCAUUUCAAAGUUGGAAUUACCACUUGUCAAACUGAUACUUCCACUCGAUGUGAAUCCAAUGCUAUCAUUUUUGGCCAAACAUGCAACUGAAACACUCAAAAAAUCAUUGGAAAACAUUCAAGUCGGGGAGGGUUCAGAUUCCUCACUUUUACAACAAUUCCCAAACAUCAAACACAUCAUUAUUGAGAAUGUGGAUCAUGACAAACCAUCAUUUUACACAACCCUUUUAGUCUCUCACCAUCGAUUCACCAAACUAUCCAUCCGCACCUAUUCAUCAAAUAUUGACAAGUCAAUUGAGUUUCUCAAAUCCAACCCAUCCAUUCAUACGUUUGUCGUUCAUUCUCAAAUUGGCAGUAAAUAUCUAUUGAAAUCUGCUGUCAUUGAGUUGGACCAUAUCAAAAACAUUUAUUAUUUAGUUGAUCCCAAUCUAAUUGACUAUGAUCGUUAUUCACUUUUUGACACCAAAUAUCCAUUCACACAUCAAUCAAUUAUCACAAAAAAAGAUAGCAUAUUUGUUCAUUAUAAGAGAUAG